ACCCAACCUUCCCCGCCUUUCUUCCAGGCGGCCAGCCGUGCGCCAAGGCGAGAGCGUGCGCGUUGCGCAGGGCGUCCCCGGGACCCGGCUGGCUUCACCGCUGGCUUCGCUGCAGCUCCUUGGGCGCGCGCGGUUGGAGAUGCUGCGCCUCCCCGGCUUGUGAGCGGCCUCUCGCUCCCUUCCCCGACGGCCAAGAUGACGGUGGAAUUCGAGGAGUGCAUUAAGGAUUCGCCCCGAUUCCGGGCGACCAUAGAUGAGGUAGAAACAGAUGUUGUGGAGAUAGAAGUCAAGCUUGAUAAGCUGGUAAAGCUAUGUAGCAAUAUGGUAGAUGCCGGGAAAGCAUACAUCAUCACCAACAAACAGUUUGUCGGCGGCGUCCGUGAUCUCUCCCAGCAGUGCAAGAAAGAUGAAAUGAUCUCGGAAUGCUUGGAUAAGUUUGGAGACAGUUUGCAGGAAAUGGUCAACUAUCACAUGAUCCUUUUCGACCAAGCUCAGAGAUCUGUCCGGCAACAGUUGAACAACUUUGUGAAAGAGGAUGUCCGCAAGUUCAAGGAGACCAAAAAACAGUUUGACAAAGUCCGAGAAGACAUGGAGAUCGCUUUGGUCAAGAACGCCCAAGCCCCACGGCACAAACCCCACGAAGUAGAAGAAGCCACGGGCACGCUGACCAUCACCAGGAAAUGUUUCCGGCACUUGGCCCUGGAUUACGUCUUGCAGAUCAACGUUCUCCAGGCCAAGAAGAAAUUUGAAAUUCUGGAUGCCAUGCUCUCUUUUAUGCACGCCCAGUACACCUUUUUCCAGCAAGGUUACAGCCUCCUGCACGAAUUGGAUCCGUACAUGAAGAAACUAGCCACGGAGCUGGACCAGUUGGUGAUCGACUCGGCUGUGGAGAAGAGGGAAAUGGAGCAUAAGCACGCCCUUAUUCAGCAACGGACUCUUCUACAGGAUUUCUCUUAUGAUGAAUCCAAAGUGGAAUUCAACGUCGACGCUCCCAACGGAGUAGUGAUGGAAGGAUACCUCUUCAAGAGAGCCAGCAAUGCAUUCAAGACUUGGAAUCGGAGGUGGUUCUCCAUACAAAAUAGCCAGCUGGUGUACCAGAAGAAGCUCAAGGAUGUCCUCACAGUGGUGGUGGAAGACCUCCGCCUUUGCACAGUCAAGCCUUGUGAGGACAUAGAACGGAGGUUUUGUUUCGAAGUGGUCUCUCCCACCAAGAGCUGCAUGUUGCAAGCCGAUUCAGAGAAACUGCGCCAAGCAUGGAUCCAGGCUGUCCAAGCGAGCAUCGCUUCCGCUUAUCGGGAAAGCCCUGAUAGCUGCUACAUUGAAAAAUUGGAUCGAACAGCUUCCCCUUCGACCAGCAGUAUCGAUUCCGCCUCCGAUUCCCGGGACCGAAGUGGGAAAGGGGAAACGAUCCUGCAGAGGGUGCAGAGUAUCUCGGGCAAUGACCAGUGUUGUGACUGCGGGCAGGCCGAUCCCCGGUGGGCGAGCAUCAACUUGGGCAUCUUACUAUGCAUUGAAUGUUCAGGGAUACACAGGAGCUUGGGAGUUCAUUGCUCCAAAGUGCGGUCGCUCACGUUGGAUUCUUGGGAGCCAGAAUUAUUGAAGCUGAUGUGUGAGCUGGGCAACGCUACCAUGAACCAGAUCUACGAGGCGCAGUGUGAGGAAAUGGGGCUGAAAAAGCCGACAGCUGGUAGCUCAAGGCAGGACAAAGAAGCAUGGAUCAAAGUCAAAUACGUGGAGAAGAAGUUUCUGAAGAAGUUACCUUCUGGAGGGCCCCUGGCCGACAAUGAGCAGAAGCCCCGUCGCUGGAGCGUGAAGAAAUGCCAGAGGUGCAAUAGCACCACCAAAGUGCCCACGACUCGUAGGAAGUAUCGGCACGAGGCGGGAAACGCGUCUCCGGCUGCCCACUCCUCAGCCGCCACUUUGGAAAGGAAGUUCCGGCGAGAUUCCCUCUUUUGUCCUGACGAACUGGAUUCCCUCUUCUCCUAUUUUGACACAGGAGCCGGUCCACGCAGUGGGAAUCCGGCGUCAGCUCAACAGCCCGUGGGAGCCAGCCCAUGGAGCGAGACCAGCAAUGGCCCUGGAGGCAGCGCUUCACCCUUUCUCCUGGAUGGAGGUCUAAGCAGCGACAGUGGCCUGGGUGGUAGCACUGAUGGGAGCACAGACGUCUUGGUGUUUGGCUCGGUGGUUGAUAGUGUCACAGAAGAAGAGUGUGAAGUGUCGGAGGAAUCCAGCGGAGAAGUCGAAAUUGAACAGGAGGCCUCCGAUUUGGAAGACUUGAGGGAGCUCCAUCCUGGGUUGCUAGUUUACAAGGCUUCCAGGGCCAGGAACCUGCCAGUCAUGGCGGAGGCCCUGGCCCACGGCGCCAACAUCAACUGGGUGAAUGAAGAGGACGAGAGCAAAACCCCGCUGAUCCAAGCUGUCAUGGGGGGCUCACUAAUAGCUUGUGAAUUUUUGCUCCAAAAUGGGGCAGACGUUAACCAAAGAGAUAUCCGAGGGAGGGCGCCUUUGCAUCAUGCCACAUAUUUGGGCCACACUGGCCAGGUCUGCUUAUUCCUAAAGAGAGGAGCCAACCAACACGCAGUGGACGAGGAUGGGCAGGACCCCCUCAGUAUCGCUGUCCAGGCUGCCAAUGCGGACAUCGUGACUUUGCUGCGUCUGGCUCGGAUGAACGAAGAGAUGCGUGAAGCUGAGGGCCCCUAUGGGCAUCCAGGAGAUACCACUUACCUUGACAUCUUCCGGGACUUUUCCCACAUGGCAUCCAACAAUCCUGAGAAACUCAACCGGCGUAGCCUUCAUUUCCAUCCUUCUUACCGAUAGUUUUCGCCUCCGGCGUCUACUUCUGAUGGUAAACCCAAAGGAGUAACCGAGAGAUGAGGGUUUUUUUCCCCCCUGUGUGACCAAAACACAAAAACGAGGAGGGAUAACUUGUAAAGAGCUGGGUCUAUCUGAGAUGCGACGUCUCUACGCAUCCUCUAAAACGCACGCCAGUUUCGACACACCUUCCCCAAGGAGGUUUUUCCCUCCAUUCCCCAGACUUUCUGAACAAUUAAUGGCACGUCCUUGCAAAUACAUCUGCCAGAAUGAUUAGCCACAGAAAUGGAUCAACAAAAAACUAGAAGGUUUUUCUAUGGUUUUCCUCCUUGCUGGCCAGGGAGUUGCCUUCUUCGCUAGCUCUUCGCUUUCUUGCUGGCAGCUGGCUGCCAGUUGCAAACAUAAGACAAACAAGGUCAUAAUAGCUGCCUGACAGGGUCUGAUAGGGAAGGAUUAGUCCCAUCUAUUACUAGUCUUGGCUCAUCAGGGGUUCAAUUUAAUUGCAGCUUAUGAAAGAAAAUACAGUUUGAUGGGACCCAUUCCAAGGGCAGUGCAUUAUGGUUUAGCCAACCAGCAGGCUGGGGACCACUGGUGGUCCAUGAGAACAUUUUGGUAGUCCACAGAGAGAUGUCACCCCCAAACAAUUAAUCCAGGCUGCAUGGGAAUACAAGGCUGUGCCUCCCAA